GAGAUCCGCGCGCAGCUUGAAGGCCACGCGGUGCAGAGCACACUACAGUCCGAGGAGUGGUUCCGAGUGAGGCUGGACCGACUGUCGGAGGCAGCCAAGGUGAACACAGACGCCAUGCGCUCAGCGCAGGAGGAGAUAACUGAGUACCGGCGUCAGCUGCAGGCCAGGACCACAGAGCUGGAGACACUGAAAAGCACCAAGGACUCACUGGAGAGGCAGCGCUCUGAGCUAGAGGACCGUCAUCAGGCCGACAUUGCCUCCUACCAGGAAGCCAUUCAGCAGCUGGACGCUGAGCUGAGGAACACCAAGUGGGAGAUGGCAGCCCAGCUGCGAGAAUACCAGGACCUGCUCAAUGUCAAGAUGGCUCUGGAUAUAGAGAUAGCCGCUUACAGAAAACUACUGGAAGGUGAAGAGUGUCGGAUUGGCUUUGGCCCAAUUCCUUUCUCGCUUCCCGAAGGACUCCCCAAAAUUCCCGCUGUGUCCACUCACAUAAAGGUCAAAAGCGAAGAGAAGGUCAAAGUGGUGGAGAAGUCUGAGAAAGAAACUGUGAUUGUGGAGGAACAGACAGAGGAGACCCAAGUAACUGAAGAAGUGACUGAAGAAGAGGAGAAAGAGGCCAAAGAGGAGGAGGGCAAGGAGGAAGAAGUGGGUGAAGAGGAGGAGGCAGAAGGGGGAGAAGAAGCAGCAAAGUCUCCCCCAGCAGAAGAGGCUGCAUCCCCAGAGAAGGAAGCCAAGUCACCAGUAAAGGAAGAGGCAAAGUCACCGGCUGAGGCCAAGUCUCCAGAGAAGGAGGAAGCAAAAUCCCCAGCCGAGGUCAAGUCCCCCGAGAAGGCCAAGUCUCCAGCAAAGGAAGAGGCAAAGUCACCGGCUGAGGCCAAGUCUCCAGAGAAGGAGGAAGCAAAAUCUCCAGCCGAGGUCAAGUCCCCUGAGAAGGCCAAGUCUCCAGCAAAGGAAGAGGCAAAGUCACCAGCUGAGGCCAAGUCUCCAGAGAAGGCCAAGUCCCCAAUGAAGGAAGAAGCAAAGUCACCGGCUGAGGCCAAGUCCCCUGAAAAGGCCAAGUCCCCAACGAAGGAGGAAGCAAAGUCCCCCGAGAAGGCCAAGUCCCCAACGAAGGAGGAAGCAAAGUCCCCCGAGAAGGCCAAGUCCCCAGAGAAGGAAGAAGCAAAGUCCCCAGAGAAGGCCAAGUCCCCAGUGAAGGAGGAAGCCAAGUCCCCCGAGAAGGCCAAGUCCCCAGUGAAGGAGGAAGCCAAGUCCCCCGAGAAGGCCAAGUCCCCCGAGAAGGCCAAGUCCCCAGUGAAGGAGGAAGCCAAGUCCCCCGAGAAGGCCAAGUCCCCAGUGAAGGAGGAAGCCAAGUCCCCCGAGAAGGCCAAGUCCCCAGUGAAGGAGGAAGCCAAGUCCCCCGAGAAGGCCAAGUCCCCAGUGAAGGAGGAAGCCAAGUCCCCGGAGAAGGCCAAGUCCCCUGAGAAGGCCAAGACUCUUGAUGUGAAAUCUCCAGAAGCCAAGACGCCAGCGAAGGAGGAAGCAAGGUCCCCUGCAGACAAAUCCCCUGAAAAGGCCAAAAGCCCUGUCAAGGAGGAGGUCAAGUCCCCAGAGAAGGCGAAGUCUCCCCUGAAGGAGGAUGCCAAGGCCCCUGAGAAAGAGAUCCCAAAGAAGGAAGAGGUGAAGUCCCCAGUGAAGGAGGAGAAGCCCCAAGAGGUGAAAGUCAAAGAGCCCCCAAAGAAGGCGGAGGAAGAGAAAGCCCCUGCCACGCCAAAAACGGAGGAGAAGAAGGACAGCAAGAAAGAGGAGGCACCCAAGAAAGAGGCUCCAAAGCCCAAGGUGGAGGAGAAGAAGGAACCUGCUGUCGAAAAGCCCAAAGAAUCCAAAGUUGAAGCCAAGAAGGAAGAGGCUGAAGAUAAGAAAAAAGCCGCCACCCCAGAGAAGGAGGCUCCUGCUAAGGUGGAGGGGAAGGAAGACGCUAAACCCAAAGAGAAGACAGAGGUGGCCAAGAAGGAACCAGAUGAUGCCAAGGCCAAGGAACCCAGCAAACCAGCAGAGAAGGAGGAGGCGGCAGCAGCACCAGAGAAAAAAGACACCAAGGAGGAGAAGGCCAAGAAGCCUGAGGAGAAACCCAAGACAGAGGCCAAAGCCAAGGAGGAUGACAAGACCCUCUCAAAGGAGCCUACCAAGCCUAAGGCGGAAAAGGCUGAAAAAUCCUCCAGCACAGACCAAAAAGAUAGCAGGCCUCCAGAGAAGGCCACAGAAGACAAGGCCACCAAGGGGAAGUAAGGCAGGGAGAAAGGAACAUCCGGAACAGCCAAAGAAACUCACAAGAGUCCCAGAGCUCAAGGAUCGGAUUAACACAAUUUUCACUUUUUCUCUUUAUGUAAGAAGAAACUGCUUUGAUGACGGGGCCGCCUUCUUCAAACAGGAAUUUGUUAGCAAUAUGUUAGCAAGAGAGGGCACUCCCAGGCCCCUGCCCCCACGCCCUCCCCAGGCGAUGGACAAUUAUGUUAUGAUAGCUUAUGUAGCUGAAUGUGAUACAUGCCGAAUGCCACACGUAAACACUUGACUAUAAAACUGCCCCCUCCUUUCCAAAUAAGUGCAUUUAUUGCCUCUAUGUGCAACUGACAGAUGACCGCAAUAAUGAAUGAGCAGUUAGAAACACAUUAUGCUUGAGAUGUCUUAACCUAUUCCCAAAUGCCUUCUGUUUUCCAAAGGAGUGGUCAAGCCCUUGCCCAGAGCUCUCUAUUCUGGAAGAGCGGUCCAGAUGGGGCCGGGCACUGGCCACUGAAUUAUGCCAGGGCGCACUUUCCACUGGAGUCCACUUUCAAUUGCUUCUGUGCAAUAAAACCAAGUGCUUAUAAAAUGAAAA